AUAUAUGUCUGUAAUUUUGACGCAGUCCGACCUCAAUGAACAGUAACUCCCGCUACGCAGCCAUUCUAUCCAGAUCUGUUUACCUAACGUUGCUGGCAAUAACAUUCCAUGUGUGUGAAGUUUAAUAUCUUCCGCUGUACUUCAUCUACAGAUGUAAACGUCAAGUGUAACUAUGACAGUGUUAUGAUUCGAAUCCUUGGAAGUGUGCAUAAUUAUUUGAAAUUGUGUAAUCUUCUAAAUGCGUUAGAAUGUCUGUGAUGUCGGGAAUGCCAGCAUCUCCAGAUUCUGGAAGACCAGAGCUGUAUGAAGAGGUUAAGCUGUUCCGAAAUGCAAGAGAGAGAGAGAAGUAUGAUAAUAUGGCUGACUUGUAUGCUGUGGUAAAUACUUUGCAACAUCUGGAAAAAGCCUAUAUACGUGACUGUGUAACACCAAAAGAAUACACAGCAGCUUGUUCAAAGUUGCUUGUUCAGUAUAAAGCAGCUUUUAAGCAAGUGCAAGGGGAUGAGUUUCCUACAAUUGAAUCAUUUGUACGGAAAUAUCGUCUUGAUUGUCCUGCUGCUUUGGAAAGGAUUAAGGAAGAUCGGCCCAUCACAAUCAAGGAUGACAAGGGCAACACAAGCAAGUGCAUAGCUGAUAUUGUUUCGCUCUUUAUCACGAUCAUGGACAAACUAAGAUUAGAAAUAAAGGCCAUGGAUGAGCUUCAUCCAGACCUCCGUGAUCUGAUGGAUACAAUGAAUCGCUUAAGUCUCUUGGGAUCAGAUUUUGAAGGCAAACAAAAAGUGGCAAGUUGGCUUACAACUUUGUCUAGUAUGCAAGCAUCGGAUGAACUGACAGAUACUCAGGUGCGGCAACUUUUGUUUGACUUGGAAUCCUCUUACACAGCCUUUAACAGAAUUUUGCAUCAGUCUUAGUGGACUGUAAUUCACUUGUACAUAGAGUGCAGAAUUUCAUUGGUGUGAAGACAAUAAAAGUGGUGUGGAUAUAUUUCAGUGCCUCCUGUGAGAAAUAUGUCACUAUAUAAUGUGAGUGCUUGUAAGGAGUAUAAAAUGUAUAAGAAAAUAAGUUUAAAUAAAAUGAUGUAAGAUUGAUA